CAUCUCUACUACCCUGUGUCGGCUCCCUCGAUCCUCGCCGGGUCCCAGUCCUCCUCCAGACCUCCAGGGCGGCCGGAGUCAGGGCCCCUUCGAGGGCCCCGGAGGUCCAGGCUGAACACGCCAUGAGGCUGUGGGCGCUAGAACUCCGGUUUCUGGCGCUUCUGCUGGUUCUUCUGCUGCAGCCUGUGCGCGCUCCGAUUCCCAGGGCGCAGGACGUGAGCCUGGGCGUGGACUGGCUGACUCGCUAUGGCUACCUGCCGCCGGCAGAUCCUACCCAAGCCCAGAUGCAGAGCCUUGCGAAGCUGCAGGAUGCCAUCAAAGUCAUGCAGAGAUUUGCCGGGCUGCCUGAGACAGGCCAAAUGGACCCAGUAACGAUAGCCACCAUGCAUAAGCCCCGCUGUUCCCUGCCUGACAUUCUGGGGCCUGCUGGGCUGGUCAGGCGGCGGCGGCGGCGGCGCUAUGCUCUGAGUGGCAGCAUGUGGAAGAAGCGCACCCUGACGUGGAGGAUCCAGUCCUUCUCUCAGAACUCCCAGUUGAGCCAGUCGAUGGUGCGGACCCUCAUGAGCUAUGCCCUGACUGUCUGGGCUGUUGAGUCAGGCCUUACCUUCCAGGAGGUGGAUUCUCGGCACCAGGAGCCUGACAUCCUUAUCCACUUUUCCCGGGGCUACCACCAAGACAGUUACCCCUUUGAUGGGCCUGGUGGCACCCUGGCUCAUGCCUUCUUCCCUGGGGAGCACCCCAUCUCUGGAGACACUCACUUUGAUGAUGAGGAGACCUGGACUUUUGGGUCAAAAGAUGGCGAAGGAACCGACCUGUUUGCAGUAGCAGUUCAUGAGUUUGGCCACGCCCUAGGCCUUGGCCACUCUUCUGCUCCCAACUCCAUUAUGAGACCCUUCUACCAGGGCCCGGUGGGUGACCCUCACAAAUACCGCUUGUCCCAAGAUGACCGUGAUGGAUUGCAGCAGCUCUAUGGGAAAGUGUCCCAUACCCCGGGUGACAAGCCCACAAGGAAACCCCUGGCUUCCCCUCCACAGCCUCCAGCCUUGCCCCCUGACAGGCCCUCCACACCUGUGCCCGAUCGCUGUGAGGGCAAUUUUGAUGCUAUUGCCAACAUCCGAGGGGAGAUCUUCUUCUUCAAAGGCCCCUGGUUCUGGCGCCUCCAACCCUCAGGACAGCUGGUGUCUCCCCGUCCAGCUCGGCUGCACCGCUUUUGGGAGGGGCUGCCGGAACACGUGAGGGUCAUCCAGGCUGCUUAUGCCCGGCCCCGAGAUGGCCGAAUUAUCCUUUUCAGCGGCCCCCAGUUCUGGGUGUUCCAGGACCGGCAGCUGGAGGGCGCAGCGCGGCCACUGGUCGAGUUUGGGCUUCCCGCUGGAGAAGAAGUGGAUGCUGUGUUCUCCUGGCCUCUCAAUGGCAAGACGUACCUGAUCCGAGGCCAGCAGUACUGGCGCUAUGACGAGGAGGCCGCGCGCCUGGACCCUGGCUACCCACGCGCCCUGAGUCUCUGGGAGGGGGCGCCCCCGUCCCCAGACGAUGUCACCGUCAGCAACACAGGUGACACCUACUUUUUCAAGGGCACCCAUUUCUGGCGCUUUGCGAAGGGCAGUGUCAAAUCUGAGUCGGAUUCCCCCCAGCCCAUGGGGCCCAAGUGGCUGGACUGCCCUGCCCCCAAAUAUGACCCUCAAAUCCCCAACUCCCCGAAAACGACACCCAAAACUGGAACCUGUGAUUGUCACUGUGAGCUCAAUCAAGCCUCAGGGCAGCUGUUGGUGACCUUCCUGCUGCCCCUCCUGCCCUCACUGGCUGGAGCUGUCUUUUCUUGCUGAAACAUGGUGUCAGCUCCCUACCCCGAAUGGAGCGGGAGUCUCCCGCAGCCCGACUUAGUGUGGGGUCGUGGGAUCUGCGGAAACAGAUCUGUUCCCACGGAGCAGAGCCUCACUGUUCCCAAGGCGGGACUCAGGCUCACGGAGCUGGGCGGAUUCCUAUCUGAAGACUGCAGACACCUCUGGGGUCCCCCAGCCUACUUCCUGUUGGGGCUCAGGAGCUGUGGUCACAGUCAAGGAUACCGACAGGGGGCGGUAUUCACCCUUUCUCUCCACCGCCAAGAAUGGCGCAUUGCCGCUGCUACUGGUGUUAGGAACCCACCUGAACUGUGGAUUGGACACUCAGUGCUCGCCCUAUCCCGCGUCUCCUCAGACAGAGGCCACACCACGCCUGCCUCAGGUUGUGUGCUGCGUUCUGCUGUGCUGACCGGCUUCCUGGGAAUGUGCUCUCCUCUGAUUCUCCACAAUUGGUCUACAGGGCACAGUGACUGUACUCUGACUAGAUGGUUAAACAGGACCAGGACUUUGAACUCCAGUGCCUCCUGUGGCCGCUGAAUGUGUUCCUGAGCCUUCUGACCUUGUUGUACUCCACGUCCCUUGACAGUCACUGCCACAGGGUGGGGACAGAGACCAAGCAUCAAUACCUCCCCUAGGGUAUGCUUCAAGUCCUGGUUGACAUCAGUGUUGACAUGGUGGGGUUUCUCCUGUGGCCCUGGUGAUCUCAGUUCAGGUCACCCUCAUCCCUGAACACAACCUGGGGGUGGUGUCACCCUGAAUUCAGGAUAGCUCAAUUCAAUUGGAAGGGAUCCUAAGAUGCCUGUCCCUGUCACCAACUGAAGUGACCAUUGCUUCCUUCUGGAACAGUUUGGCUCCCAUCUGCACAGUGCUGCUGGGAAGAUGUGGACAGGACUCUCUCAGCUAUGGCUGCUGCAGCCUCCUCCUCUUCCAUCUUCUUCUAACAUUGUAAUUUUAGUGUGUCUGUAGAGACCUGUGCCUGUGGGGGCCUGUGCCUGAGGGGGCCUGUGCCUGUGGGGGCCUGUGCCUGAGGGGCCCUCAGUUCUGGAUCUUCUUGGACCUGGAGUGGUUGUUCAGCCUGGGUGGUGAGUGUAAACCUCAGAUCCUCUAUGACAAUGGCAUGAGCGUUAACCACUGAGUCAGGGCUCUAGGCCCUGCCCUGGCCUUUUUAUCACCCACCAGGUGCCCAGCUGUACAGGGUGAGGAGUGAAGAAACCUGUGGAGUGAAGAAACACAACUUCCCCAUAUCCAGGAGCUAGAUCAUGGAUUCUAGAAUAUUCCUCACCAGAAUAAGUUCAUGGGGAUUUUUUUUCAAGACGGAGUUUCUCUGUGUAGCCCUGGCUGUCCUGGAACUCACUCUGCAGAUCUGCCUGCCUCUGCCUCCUAAGUCCUGGGCUUGAAACAUGUGCCAGCACCAUCUCCUGGGAAUUUAGAAUGCAGAUCCCAUCCCUCAGCCUGAUCCUCAUCCUGAUGUUGGGGCCAGGAACCUGCACUUUUAUAAGUCAGGGCUGGGAGGCACAGUGAGCCUGAGGACUAGACGCUUGUCUCCUCACAGUGCUGCCGUCCUUCUGGGGACCACCUCUUCUUGGGUUCUCCACAAGGCCAGGCUGAUGACUGGGAGCCGUCUAUGUCUCCCCCAGACUCCUCCGUUCCACGGGAGAAUGUCCCAGAUGUCAUGGGGAUCUCUCCAUUCUUGUUUUCUUGACGGAGUGAAUCCAUCCAGUCAAGAGGCACGGACUGAUUGAUUUGCUUAUUGAGAAAGACCAAAGAACGAAGCUAGUGAGCAAAGCCCAUGUCUACCCAUGUGCUGGGAAUAAAGGUGUGUGCCACCAACA